GUCCCCUAUGCACACCCACCACUCCACCCGCUGGUGGUACACGAGAAGGGCAAAACCCUCUCUCUCCCCACCACUCUCUCCCCGUGGCGAUCGAGGAAUCCAAUGGCGCACCCGGCGAGGCCACCAGCGAGGCACCCGCCGAACCCUGGCCUCGCCCCCGCCUCCCGGCCGGCGCAGGCGCAGGCGCAGGCGCCGGCCCCGUCUCCGACGACGCCGGCCGCUCGCCGCCCCGACACGCCACGGAGGGCCGCGCAGGACACACCUUUUGCAACAAGUGUUGAUGGUUCAAGAAAUAGUGCCCGCUCUCAGUGCAAACAAGAUCCAAGAUAUACCCAAAUUCUCCAUGCUAAUGAGGCAACGUCCAGAACCAAUAGAAUCGUAGUACCAGACUCUUCAGAUAAGCUCAAGACGCCUAGAUUUACUGGUGGUACAUAUUCAAAACCUGAUGCAAGAGUGAAGCUGAUUCCCGCGGAAGAUAUUACCUACGUACAACAUCGAAAACAAUAUGGUAGAACUGUUGGCUCAGCUGGGUUACAGAAAAAACAGAGCAGACGAAGUGUCACACCACCACCAAAUUCACGUAAAGUAUCUGUUCUGGGAUCCACAUCACUCACUCAAAGUCCCCGAGCUCCCGGAAUUGCUUCUCUGAAGAACCCUGCACCACCAAGUUGCAAAUUUUCACAACCUUUAAGUACUAAUUUGUAUACUAAUGCUACUCCUAUAAAUCUAGACAGAAUGGAUGGUACAAAAGCACUUCCCCGGAGCUCCAGUUCGAGUAUUUUGCAUUCUCAAGUUCAGAGCAGUCAAAAACUGUCAACUAGUUUGCCAAAAGGGGCAAUGAUAAAUCCUCUGUCUCCUAGUCCCAAGCAAAUGCGUGCUCCACAUCCAAGUGAGGAUCCUCUUUGUACAAAGGCAGGGCCGCCUUCUAAGAGUUUUUGUGCACCAGAGAGUAGAAAGUUAUGUAGUACAAACAUCAAUUUAACUACAAGAAGUAAUACAGCUCCUGGAUUGCAAGCUCAUGUUGUGGAGCCUGCAUUGCUAAGCCCAACAUCUGUGCUUAGUGAAAGACCCAUUGAGACUUAUCCUGAUACAAGAACUGCUGCUCCUGUCGCGCAAGAACCAAGUGUGAAGCCUGUAUUCCUAAGCCCAAUACCUUUGCACGAUGAAUCUUCCAUGCAGUGCAACAAUAUACCUCCAAUACACAGCCCCCAGUCCAUAGCUUCUGCGCAACAUGGUGCCUUGUUGCAAGAAAGUAACUCACGGGCAUCAAUUAGCUGUAGCAGAUCUUCAGCACUUUGUCAUAACGUUGGUAUUCGGGAAACAGGCACACCUGUAAUUUUACAUACGAAGCUGCCCAAGAAGCAUUAUCAACCAGAAACCAGCUGGAAGGUGAGCUUUCAUGUUACUGGACAACUGAUACAUACUUGUGAUGGACUUGAAGCCCGUCUCCCUUGUCAUAUCUGUGUCAGAGUUUAUGAAGCUUCAAGGCACAUGCCUGAAAUUUUAAAUCUGGAGGCUGUACCUCUUUCCCAGCUGUGGCCAAAAAAGUUCAAGAUAGCCCCCCCAGUUGGUGGGGAUAUUGGACUAAUGUUUUUGAGCAGACACCAAAGGCCUCACAGGAGUUUUGAUCAUCUUCUUGAAAAGGUUGCUUCACAUACUGGCCUGCUAACCAAAAUUGGUGAUACUGAAUUGGCAAUAUUUUCAUCAAAGUUGCUUUCACCACACUAUCAGAGGGAAAAUGGAAAAUUAUAUUUUUGGGGUAUUUUUGGGAAGCGUCUCAGGAAGAAUCGGUGCAAACCUACCAGACAUAUAAAAAAAGUAAAGAUCAGCAAUCCCAGUCAGCCAAAUGAAGACUCUUGUAACAAAUAUGAGAAGGUAGGCCCGAAAAUGGAUGUGGCAAAAGGCAAAGAGACCGGGAAUACUGAAUCUGAUAUUGGCAUGACAUUGGGUGCAAGAGGCAAUCCAACAGAUGUCACAGGAAACAAAGAGAUAGUGAGGGACAAUUAUGAGGGUAUUGCCAAGGUAUUGGAUUUGACAGGAGGCAAGGAGACUGAUAGGGUCAAUGACUGCAUUGCAGUGCGCGGAACUCCUGAUUCAAACCCUGUGUCCAGUUGCUCAGCUCCCGCUGCUUCUCGUCUUAACGGAUGUCGCCGUCUUGACUCUGCAAACAAGAGCACAUUUAGCUUAGAAGAUUCCACCUGUCAACCCGCUGACAGAUCUUCAGUUAGCUUAGACCUUAUGCUGGACAUACCCCCUGGAUUUUCAAUAGAUGUACCUCCUGGUUUCACAAAAGCUCACUGUAAGCUUCAGAUGGAAGCUGCUGCUGUGUCUUGUGCUGAUGCACAUCCUAGUCUUAUUUUGGACGCUCUUUCGGGAUUUCCUACGGAUAUUCCUCCUGGCUUUACUGAAGCUCAUCGCCGACUACCUGCUGCAAUUUCUUCUGCUGGACCAGAAACCUUUGCUUCUACCACUGGCACUGAAAAGAAGCCCCUCAUUAGGUUCUCUCUAAAUGUUUCAAAGCCUAUUAAAAUGGAAGUUCCACCUGGAUUUACCGCGCUACAUGCAGUGAAACAAGAGCCUGGUUUACCUGCUAUUGAUAAGGCCACAGAGAACCGAAUGCUAUAUUCUUUGGCAUCUGGUGCAUCUUCAAUGGGAAAAGCUGGGAAAGCAGAUGAAAAGGAAAUCAUGCACAAUGAGGAAAAAGUUGAACAAGAUGAAAACUCAGAGGAGCGAGAGUUUCCAAAGAUCAGGCGGCUUUCAGAUCUGUAUCCUAGUCCUUCGGACAGCACUGAAUUUUCCCAGCCUACACACUUGCCCGACAAGAUUCAGGAGUGGACGCCUGAGAAACAGAUGCAUCAGAGAGAGAGAGAGAGAGAGAGAGAGAGAGAGAGAUGCAUGCAAGAAUCACCGGAUCCUUCUCCUGCAGAUACCAUGACUAGAAGGCCGAAUGUGAAUGGUCGAAUUGCGUUGAACAACAGUGCAGGUCAAGCGAAUGGUAAGGUGAGAUGCGUCUGCACAUCCUUUGAAGGCCACACGGCGCUGCCUACCAGAGCUACAGGGUCGUCGUCGCUAGCAUCGUCAGGUGAUCCACUCGAUAGCGAGAGCAUUUUCUGUAGGUGCGUUGUGCGCGGCGAAAAGUCCCCAGCACAGUAAGCUGUAGGAUUGCAUAAGAAAUGACGCUAGACUAAGUGAUCCAAUACCAAGCAAAUGCACUCGGUGGUAGUGCUUAAUGUUGAUUUGGAUGUUUCCUGUAAGGCUGUACCUAAUGUGAAUCAUUAAGCGUAGCAUGCUGAACUGAGGAUACAGACCAGCACUUGGCAGUGAAGACCUUGCUACAGUCUCAAAAGAGAGAACGAGAUUUGCUGGUCUUAA